UCCCAUCCUUCAGUUCCAGACACUCUUUCAGCUUCUUCUUCCUUCUUUUCUGUUUGUAAUCAGAAAAAAGGGAAAAAAAUAUGGGAAGAGGAAAAUUCAAGGGCAAGCCCACCGGCCACCGCCACUUCUCUACUCCCGAAGAGCUCCGUGCUGGUACCUCAGCUCGACCCCGUACAUUUAGGAAGGAAGAAGCUGAAGUAGAGGAAGAAGAAGAACGAGAAGAGUCUGAAGAGGAAAUAGAAGAAGAGCCCGAGAAACGAAAAGGAACCCAAGGGCUUAUUGAGAUUGAGAAUCCAAAUUUGGCUAAACAAAAGAAUGUCAAAGCCAAAGAUGUUGAUAUGGGGAAAACAACUGAACUAUCAAGGCGUGAAAGAGAGGAGAUAGAAAAGCAAAAAGCACAUGAACGAUAUAUGAAGCUCCAGGAACAAGGGAAAACUGAGCAAUCAAGAAAAGAUUUAGAGCGCUUAGCCAUGAUUAGGCAACAAAGGGCAGAGGCUGCUAAGAAGAGAGAAGAGGAGAAGGCUGCAAAAGAACAGAAGAAAGUUGAAGCUCGCAAAUAAAAAUAGGUUGAGGAACGAUUAUGAUCGGUUAACCAUUUGGUUCUUUUCUCUGUUUUAUAUAUACUGAAGUUUUUAUUUAUCCCAUUAAAAAAAGGGUUUUCAAAUUGAUAGUUACUAUCAAAUUUUCUGAACUUAAUUGUACUUAUGAUCUGCUUUUGGAUCUUCUCAAAUCACAUGGGGGUUGUUCAUGUUUCUUA